UUUAAAGAUUGCUAGGUUAUAGGUUUUUCUUUAUUUUUUUGAGUUAACUAAUAAUGUCCCAAAAAAUCGACCCCAGAGAAGUAUUGACUUAUUUAAAUGAAUUAGGUUACACGAAUAUUAAUGCACAACAAUUAAAAGACUUCAUUACAGAUUUAAAGAAGUUAAUUAAACAUGAAAAUAAACGUAGGCAAAAGGAAAAUACUGGAACAGUUACAUCAAAUUUCGUACCAACAAUCUUUCUUCAUAACCCGUACGGUCAAACACAUAUUAACGAUCAUUCAAAAAGUAAAGAACAGUGCUGUAAUCAUCCACUUUGUCCUUCCAAUCAGGCAAAUACUAGGCAGAAGGAGGAAGAACAAGAGGAUGUAUUUAGUCACCUUCACAGUCAACACACUGUGGCAUCGAGAGCAAAAGAAAUGCCUAGGAGAGAAAAACAUAUAUCUGUGCAUAUUAAAAAACCAAAAAAUAAAGCAGACAUGCAUGAUCAUUGUACACAUCUUGCAAGGAGAUCCAAUGACGAGGAUCAACAGAAAGAAGAUUUACAGCUGAUUCAAAAUAUAGAAACUGUUAGCGAUGGGUCAAGGUCAUAUGUAAAUACGGAAUCUACAAUUAAAAGUAUUGAUGCCACUUCGAAACAGAGUAUUGUUACGAAACCUAGUACAUCAAAAAAGAAGUCAAAAGGUUCAUUUAUCAGGUGUGGUUCUGCAAAAUCUAUAAACAAAAGCGAUCCUGUGGCCUUAUAUCAUUAUUAUCAGAAACAGUGGAAGAAACAGAAAUUUCCUGGCCAAGAGAAUCAUGCUGAUCUGAGGUGGUCGGUUCGAGAGAAAUUGCUGAGUGGGCCUAAAGUUGAUGUACACUCUUUGCCUUCAACUUUUCGAAGAAGAUGCAACUCUUGGAAAUGAUGAAAGUUUUGACAAAGGAGCUAGUAGUUUUAAGUAAAUUAUUUUAUUGAAAAGUUACAAAUGGGUACCCAAAUAGUACACGGCAGACUUUACCUUAUGAUAGGACUCAAAAUAUGGAAAAGCUCCUAUAAACAUGGUUCAGGAAAUUCUUAAAUUAAAAAAAAAAAAUUUUUAAACUAAUAUCACUGAAAAUGUUUGAUAGAGACUAUUUAUACCUUUAAAUAAAUAAAUUAUUAGAUUUAGGUAGUCUUAUCUACUUAGAUCAUAUAUUAUUGACCAAUGUUUCAAUAGAUGUAUUUUUUUAAACUUGAGCAUGUGUAAAAUUAAACUUUCUGAAACAUACUUACAGGUACUUUUUUAUUUUGCUUUUCUAUCAUCAGAUAAAGUUUGCUGUGUUAUUUCGGAAAGUACCCUGUAUAUUAAGAUAUUAAUGUAGUAUGCAAUUUUUAAGAAUAAUUAUAAAAUCUGACUUU